AUGCCUUCUCUCCGACCCCCCCCCGGUAUCAGCGACCUCGUCUACAUCGCCCCCUCAGGCGUGCAAAAGGAGCUCAUGAAGCCCGCCGACAUCUACGUCCUCUCCCUCGCCGCCCAACAGCAGCAACAGGAGCAGGCCCGCUCCCUGCGCCAGCGCGUCUACCUGCGCUCGCCGCCCUCCCUCAGGCCCUCGCAGUGCACGCCGCUCUUCCUCGCCGCCUUCACCCGCCGCCGCGCGGGCUGCUGCAUCCACACGCACAGCCAGUGGGCCGUCCUCGUGACCCUCCUGCUCGAGCAGCAGGAGCAGGCCGGCGGCGCCGGCGCCGGCGCGCCGUCCUCCUCCGAGUUCCGCAUCAACAACGUCGAGCAGAUCAAGGGCUUCGGCCGGGGCGCCGACCGCCUCGCCGAGGGCAACCUCGGCUACCACGACACGCUCGUCGUCCCCGUCAUCGAGAACACGGCGCACGAGGAGGACCUGACCGAGUUCCUCGAGGAGGCCAUGGACCGGUACCCGGACGCCUACGCGGUGCUGGUCCGGCGCCACGGCGUGUACGUGUGGGGGGAGAGCGUGCACAAGGCCAAGACGCAGUGCGAGAGUCUGGACUACCUCUUCCAGCUGGCCGUCGAGAUGAAGAAGCUCGGCCUGCCCUGGAUCUCCGACGUCAAGCCCACGCUGCCGAGGAACAGUGCCCGGGCAUAG